AUGAAGAGGAUGAUGCAGGAUUUUAAGAGGGAGAUAAUGGAAGACCUACCUGAGAGAUGCGCCAAGGAUGUUGUCAAAUUAUUAAACAAAUCAGGUGUUAGGUACAAGCCAUUCGCGGAAACACUUUCAGAUCAGUACUGUUAUGACGAAGGCUGCGGAUCUUACCUCAACGGAGUACCUGAACGGAAAGAAUUUGUUUACGACAAAAAAAGUGACACCCGGAGUGUGUCAUUACCUAAAGAAGAUGUUGACAAGGUGUCGAAAGAGGACAAUAAAGAAGAGGAUUACAUAACACCUGCAAGGACCAAGUGUGACUUCUUAGGGGAUGGCACGCCAGACAAUCCAUGGCAACUUGCUGAAGAUUUUAAGGAGGCCUCUUCAUCGGAGGUGCCAUCAAAUAUUUUUGAACCUGCCCUCAAAAAUAUGAACAAAGAAGACGAACACAAAGAGGCUGCCUCAGAAGGAUCAAAAAGCGUCAACAGUGCAACCGGCAAGAAUGAAGAUGUAAAUGGAAAGAGGAAGCGAAAGCUCCCUCUUAAACUGCAGUAUCCUUAUAUCAUUGAGAAUCGAACGAAACGACAACCUCGAAAAAAGCCAACUCCCGCAAUAGCUACUCCGUCCAGCAAUGAUGUUGAAAUUCCGCAAGACUCUACUGCCUUAACAGCGGAACACAUUGCAGCAGCAGAGAUUUUUGUUCAACUCUGUUGCAAGAGUGAGGUUAUCGAUGCUUACAUUGGAGAUUUGUCUCGUCGUGUUGGGGAUGAUCGGUACUUAUGUGCAGCGUGGAGGUCAUCAUUCCUGCUAGAAGCACAUCGCAAGGGCCACAAAACAAAAAAAAAUAAUAAGAACGAUGAUCACCUAGCUGUAAGAACUGGAAGCAUUCAACGAGUUAUCGACGAAUAUUUUAGGCGGGACAAGGCAUAUUUUCCAGUUAACAUAUCGAACAAUCACUGGACUACCGUCAUCAUGCACACACCGAAGCAAGAAUUCCAAGUUCUUGACUCAUUAUUUCCAUUAAGUGUGACCAUAGACACUGUCAGGGCUCUGAGACAACAAAUUUCUGCUGACAUCCAAGAGUACAACAAAUCUACAUCUGGAUUUUUCCCUGAUGUGAUAUCUUGGAAUAUAAAAUCAUACGAUAUGCCGCAGCAAAAAGAUGGCAAUUCAUGUGGCUUAUUUGUUCUUCAAUGCAUGGAACAUUGGGAUGGAGAUAAAUGGAAUAAAGAAAUAUCACAGGAGAUGAUAAACGGAUCAAGGAACCUAAUUAACGCACAGAUAGUUCUAGCAACUUCAAAUCUGUUAGAGACGGUGAAAAUGAAGGUUAUCCGGAUCUCCAAGAGAUUUACUAAGUAG